CAAUCAAGCAACAAACUGCAACGAUGGAGAAAGCCUGUUACAUAAAACCGAAACCAACAAGAAAAAACGGUACAAUAUCGAACCCAUUUUGUAUUUUUGCAACAGCAAUGUCAUAGGUAAAUUCACCGCGAAAAUUUAAUCAUCAUGAGGAAAUAUUGUCAGUAUAAAUACGCCAAUUCACAACUCCAAAAUCAGUUCAACUCUCGGUUUCAUCCAAUACAAUACAAUGAGGUGGCUCAUUUUAAGUUUGAGUGUUUUCCUUUUGUACGUUGCCUACGCAUCGGGUAGAAUAAUAGUGGAAAAUGAAGACGAGGAAGUUUUCGAUUUAGUGCCAGCUGCCUCGCACCAUGGUCAUUCUAGUCAUCACGAAUCCGGAGGCGGAUCAAAACAUCACGAAGAUCAUCACGCCGAGCAUGGUGAGAAGGGUGACAAGGGCUACAAAGACGAUCACCAUCACGAAAAGCACGAGCACGGAAAACACGGAAAAGAACACAAGGAAGGACAUCAUGCAGAGAAAGGUGGUCACCACAAGAGCCAUCACGAUGAGGCCGAUCAUUACGAUGAACAUCAUGCGCAUGGUAAACACCACAAAGGUGGAAAAUUCGGAGAGAAGAAGGGCCACAAGAAAGGUCACAAAACCACCGGGUAUCACCACAAAUCCCACAAGGACGAUUACCACAAACAACACAAAUUUUACGAUGACUACCACAAAGCCGGACACCACUCCAAACAUGGUCACCAUCAUGGACACCACGGAAGCAAAGAGGGUCACCACAAGAAGGGAGGUAGCCACAAAUCUGGAUACCAUGAUGAUCACUUCGGAAAGAAAGGACACAGUGAUAAGGGACAUUACGAUGAAGACCACAAAGGUUUCAAGGGACACCAUGGAGACGAAAGCCAUCACUCCCACCAUGAUGAUUAUGGAAAGAAAGGAUCUAGCUCCGGUGGUAAAGAAUAUGGUUUCAGCAGUGGACACCACUGAGAAUGUUUGGGUUUUUCAGGAAUUUUGCUUGUUAAUUGUUAGUGUUUGUAUUUUUCUGGAGUUGGAGAAAAUGAUUUUCUCAACUUCCAUUUGUUGAUUUGUUUUUGAUACAAUACAUAAUAAAUUCUCAUUAAAAAUA